CAGCUGGCUGCACUGCAAGCAGUAGCUGUGCAUGCCGAAACCGCUGCUGCAGACCAGCACUGUAAAGCUUCUGAGGAACUCCAUGCCCAGGCGGAUGCCGUCGAGGUGCUGCAAAAGGAGCUGGAGGCCACGAAAGCGAAACAUGCAGAACUUGCGGCGCAGCUUAGGUCCUCUCUUAAAGCCCGGCAGCAGCUUGGCGAACAGAUAUCGUCGGCCCAAUCUGCCCAUCAUGCCACAUCGGAACAACUGAUCGCGUCGGAAGCAGCGCGGGCUGAGCUUGUUUCCAAGCUUGCCGCUGCUGAUGCCUUGGUGCUUCAGCUUCAGGGGGAGCUCGAGGUUGCGAACGCACGUAAAGCAGACGUAGAGGACAGAAUUGCGGCCUUGCGUUCUGACGCCGACCGCCAGCAGCUGAUGUCCCUGCUUGAGAGCGCGGAGGCGGAGGCUUGUCGGAGUGCUCAGCGUGGGAAGGCUUUGGAAGAACAGCUUGCAGACCGGGAAGCGGCAGGGCGUGUGUUAUCUGAUGCCGCCGUUCAAGUCGACAUGCUCCAGGCGUUGGAGGAGGUCCAGGCGCGGCUUGCGGCUCUCCGUGCGGAGGCUGAUGUUCAUGGCGCACGCGUUGCGUUGUUGGAGGACCAGCUUGCUUUAGCCGUCGCAGAGCAAGAAAAGUACAUGCUGGAGGCCGCAGCAGCUGUCGCCCACUCGGAAAUGCUCGAAGCGGAGCUGCACAAUGCCAGAGUGGAGAACGAACAUCUCGAGCAGCAGCUUGCAAAUCUCCGUGGCGAAGGACUUGCAAAGCCUGAGUGUCAAGGUGUUGCCGCCUCCCGAAUUGCCGAGCUGGAAUCACAGCUAGCGAACAUGUCCCACACGGCUGCGGUGCCGUUAGAGCGCGCUACGGACCGCAUCGCA